GUCAGCGUCUGACAGGAUUACACGAGUUUCCUCAAUUGAACGCAGGGUUAAGUUAAACGCUGCAACGUCCUGCUGAGAGUCUUGUGCUUUUCGACCAAAAAAAGAAAGAAAAACUUUUGCAGGGCUGCACCUAACGCCACAGCUGAUCAUCUGUGUGGAAAUGACAGCCGUGUGGUGUUUUCAGUGCUGAUGGUCUGUGCGGCUCGCCCUGCAGCCUGCAACACUUAAUGACUAAUGUGGUUUCUUAACGCACGCCCGCAUUUCAGAGGAGCUGCCCGUCAAUUUAGCAAAGUUUAGAUUGGAAAUCGUCGCGAUGACUCGGAUUUUCUGGGAUACAAUUUUUCUCAUAAGCGGUACUUUUAGUAUGUCUGUGGUACUCAAUGGUUCCCUCUUUACAUUAGGAGCAGGGCCAAGUAAUUCAACGAACACUGAAGCCAGCGUUCCCCUCGAUACGAACUCCACUGCUCCCCUGAACACCUCAGCAAGUAGCUCUGCAACAACUAGCAGCGGCAACACAACUACCACAACCAAAAGUUCCCUCUUCACGUUAGGAGCAGGACCGAGCGAUUCAACAAUUAUUGAAGCCAACAGUCCCUUCGAUAUAAACUCCACUGCUGCUCUGAACACCUCAACAAGCAGCUCUGUAACACCGACCACAAUUACUACAACCACUUCAGCUACUACGACUAACAUCCCUCCAGUUAAAAAGUUUGUGGCGGCGGCUGUUCGGUUUCAUUUCGACGACUGUCCGGACUCCCACCGCCAUUUCUGCUUCCAUGGCACAUGUCGCUUUCUGAUAUUAGAGGAGACGCCUGCAUGUGUGUGCCAUCCAGGCUUUGUUGGGGUGAGGUGUGAGCACGCGGACCUGCUGGCUGUAGUAGCAACCAAUCACAGACAGCAGACCGUCGCCACAGUGCUGGUGCUGUGUGUGAUUGGGUGUGUUCUCAUCAUGGUGUUGUGUACACUGUUACAUUGCUGGUGGAGGCAGGACUGUCGCAGACGGAGACACGCACAUCACUACGUCCCACAGAAGCAUGGAGCGUCCUGCUACCCUUCUGAGAGUGUGGUUUGAGACGACAGCUUGCUGCAAUAUUAGCAGUUUGCAUCGCGGCGUGUUUAGUUUUCCUCAUCUUGUCCGGCCCAAGUGGUAUUCACAUGUUCUGACCAAGCAGACCUGACCAGAAGCGAAGGAGCAUUACCCUGAAUGUGGCUAAGGUAGGCCUGCAUCAUGUGGGAGGUUAAAUAUUCCAUGACAUUUUUUUUUUUUUUUCCCACUGACUGGGACAUUUGACCUGCAGCACCGUAGGAACGUGUCUGCUUCACUCUUUGAUUCUGUGGAAAUACCCGCAGAACUGCAACAGACUGUUUGGAGCUCUGAGGAUGAAGCUGCUGCCAAAUCCUACAUGGGAAGAGCUCCGUGUGUCCUCAUUACUGUUUAUGGCUGGCCUAAAAGACAUGGAGAAGUGACCUGUCAGGCCGCUCAUUGUCCACUAUGGAUGUUGAAUAGGAGCAGUGUUUAUUUUGGGCUGCAGGACAACAAUAAUCCAUUUACUUAAGGCAGAAGACCCCAACUCCUAUUUUUGUCUUUUACAAUGUUGCGCACUUUUCAUCAGAACUCUACAAACACCGAAGACAUUUUUAAGAAUUUAUGGUGCGUGGGAACUGAUGCUUAAAGAAGUUUUAGUAUCUGUUUUUUUUU